AUGGUCAGCACGCGCUCCUCGUCGUCGCGCGCCGACAGCGCCGGGCCCGACGGCGCCUCACCCACCGCCUCGCCCACCAAGGCGACGCGCGCCGCCGCCAAGCGCAGCACGCCCUCAUCGUCCACGGCCGUUGCCCGCCGCAGCGACACCACGUCCGCAAAGGCCGCCGCCGCCGGUCGCUGGGCGCACACGCCCACCGCCUUCACCCUCCUGUGGAUGGCCGUGUCGCUGCCCCUCGUCGUCUGGGACACCAUCUACGUCCUCGGCCGUCCGCACACCAUGGAGGGCGGCUGGCUGCACUGGCCGCUCUGGGUCCCCUACAAGCUGUACGGCGAGGUCGACCACGUCUACGGCUGGAAGGCCUUCAAUGCCCGCAACGGCUUCACCGCCGCUCAGGGCUUCCUCAACGCCAUCGAGACGGCCAUGUAUCUCGCCUACAUCGCCGCUUGGUUGGCCGCCCGCCGGCGCAACACCGAGGGGCGCCUCGAGGGUCGCGACGCCGCCGUCGCGGUCCUUGUUGGCUUCAGCGCCGCCGUUAUGACCUUAAGCAAGACGGUGCUCUAUUGGAUGAACGAGUAUUACAGCGGCUUCGACAACAUCGGCCACAACACCAUCAUCGACCUCAUCCCCCUCUGGAUUAUUCCCAACGGCGCAUGGCUCAUCGGCUCGACGUACAUGAUCUGGUCCCUGGGCGCAAACAUCAUCGAUGGCCUCGAGGCCGCCUCUGGGCAUGCCAAGUCUGACUAG